GAGAUUCAAAGGAGAGGAAGAAGAGGAGGAGGAAGGUCUUUGAGCGGCACCGAGGGUCCAGUUGUUUUCAGUCAGGAUGAAGUUCUGUUUGCUGGUUCCGGUUCUGUCCCUGAUCCUGGUCGUGUGCGCGGCCCGGUCCCCCUACCAGUCGGUUCUGCAGCACAGCCGGCUCCGGGGCCGGAGUCAGGGACCUAAUGUUUGUGCCAUGCAGCAGAUCAAAGGAACGGACAAGAAGUACUUCACCAACUGCAAACAGUGGUACUACAGAAAGAUCUGCGGCAAACCCACGGUGAUUACCUACGAGUGCUGCCCGGGUUAUGAGAAGAUUCCAGGAGAAAGAGGCUGUCCUGCUGCGCUGCCUCUGGUCAACAUCUACAACACUCUGGGUGUGGUCGGUGCCUCCACCACGCAGAUGUACUCCGAACGAGCCAAACUGAAGGAGGAGAUCGAAGGACCGGGAAGCUUCACGUUCUUCGCUCCGAGCAACAAGGCCUGGGCGGCCCUGCCAGCUGAGAUCCUGGACGCUCUGGUGAGCAACGUGAACAUCGAGCUGCUAAAUGCUCUUCAUUUUCACAUGGUGGACCACCGACUGACCUCCGAGGAGCUGAAGCACGGCUCCUCCUUCCCCUCCAUGUACCAGGACUCACAAGUUCACGUCCACCACUACAGCAACGGGAUUAUAACGGUAAACUGUGCACGCCUCAUCAAACCUGACCAACACGCCACCAACGGCAUCGUGCACGUCAUCGACCGCGUCAUCACCGCCAUCUCCAGCGACAUGCAGACCAUCAUCGACAUCGAUGAAGACCUGGAAACGUUGCGUGCGGCCUUCGCUGCUGCAGGCCUGACCACCCUGCUGGAGAGCGAAGGUCAGUACACCAUCUUUGCUCCCACCAACGACGCCUUUCAGAAGAUUCCUCAAGAGACCCUGAACAGGAUCUUGGGAGACCCAGUGGCUCUAAAAGACCUGCUGAACUUCCACAUCCUGAAGCACCUGCAGUGUGCCGAGUCCAUCGUGUCGGGGUCCUCCAUGGAGACCCUGCAGGGCACCUCGCUGGAGGUCGGCUGUGACGGAGACCAGAUGACUCUGAAUGGGAAGGCCGUCGUCACCAAGAAGGACCAACUGGGAACCAACGGAGUCAUCCACUACAUCAACGAGCUGCUCAUCCCAGACUCAGCCAAAACUCUUCUGGAGCUGGCCGAAGGCUCAACUGUUUCCACUGCAACCAGAUUGUUCGUGGAUGCUGGCCUCUCCCCGCACCUGACGGGGUCGGAGGCUCUGACCAUGCUGGCUCCCCUGAACGAGGCCUUCAAAGGAAGCGUGACGAUGACUCCUGAGAUGAAGAAGCUGAUGACCAACCACAUCCUGAAGGAGCAGCUGUCCUCCAAGUCUCUGUACCACGGUCAGGAGCUGGAGACCCUGGGGGGCCUCCAACUGCGGGUCCUCGUCUACAGAAAUAGUCUGUGCAUCGAGAACGCCUGCAUCGCCGCCAACGACAAGACCGGCCGCUUUGCCUCCUUGUUCACGGUGGACAAAGUCCUCGCGCCUCCGAUGGGGACGGUCAUGGACGUCCUGAAGGCAGACGAUCGCUUCAGCCUUCUGGUUGGAGCCAUCCAGACUGCAGGCCUGACGGAGCUGCUCAACCAGCAGGGGGCGCUCACCUUCUUCGCUCCCACCAACCAAGCGUUCAGCGCACUGCCGCAGGCCGAGCUCAGCAACCUGAUGCGUAACCCUCAGCAGCUGUCAGGUGUGCUCAGGUACCACCUGGGGCAGAGCAUGCUGGUCAGCGGGGGGGUCAGCGCUCACACCCGCCUGAACCCUCUGGAGGGAGAGAAGCUGGAGCUGGGCGUGCGGAACUUCACCCUCUACGUCAACAAGGUGCCCGUGGUCGACGCCGACCUGAUGGCGACGAACGGAGUCGUUCACGCCGUCAACAGCUUCAUCAAACCUCAGUAUGAGCUCUUUCAGAAGGUGAAGAGGAGUCGCUCCAGCAGGACGAUGAGCAGGAGUCAGUGAAGCUGCACAGGACGGUGCAGGAGGAGAAACCUCACUGGCAAACGUUACAUUUUUAAUUUCCUGUGUUGCUGUAAAACAAACAAACAAACACAAAACAAGCAGCUGGUUUUAAUAAUUUUUUGGAAUCACAGUUUUUUGUAAAAUGUUUUGUACUCGUGACGUCCUGCAGAUUGUCCAAAUGCAGCGAGCCGCAGACUUUCUGUCACUUUUUGUAAAAUAAAGAUGAAACUUUGA